CUUUAUUUAAUGAAUACUAGUUGGAGACAAAAGUUUUAAAAAGAUAAACUUUAUCCAAGACAUCCUAUGGCACAUAAAAAUGGUACUUUUAUCUAUUAUUUAUUAGGUGGAGUCCAUAUGAAUUAAGAAGAGGAUACUAAGCUUUUUUAAGUUGCUGGAGCAAUGAUGAAAUAAAUAGGUACUAAAAUUGCCAAAGGUGAUUUUAAUCUUGCUACCAUUCCUAAACCUAUAUGUUUGACAGCUCCCUUAACUAGUAAUGAAUGUCUUCUUUUGUAUACCAUCUUAUUUUAUAUUCCUAGUGAUUUCGAUUAUUCCUACAUUUAUCUUACAGAAGCUGCACAAUGUAGAGAUGCCUUGAAAAGAAUGUAAUUAAUUGUAAUCAAUGAAAUUGCUUAUCUACAUGGAACACAUACUUUUUUAAAAUCAUUAGCUCCAAUUGAUCCUAUGGUUGGAGAAACUUGUCACAGAAUUAAAGAAGAUGGAACUCAAUUUUAUUGUGAAUUCAUUAAAGCUGAUCCUCCAACUACUCUAUAUCAUGUUAUUGGAAAUGGAUGGUAAACCUAUGGAGGAGAAGUAGUCCAUGCUGAUAUUCAUCCAACAUUUUCUUAACUUAUUGGAAGAAAUCUUAAACCUAAAUAUAUCAAGUUUAAUGAUGGCAAACUCUAUGAGAUUACAGUCCCUCCUAUGAUUAUUAAUGGAUUAUUGAAAGGAGAUCGGGUACUUAAUAAAUUAGAUGGUUUCCUUAUUAAAUGUGUUCAAGAUAAACUAGAAGCAUAAAUCAAUUUUAGUUAUGUUUAUGAAGACAAUACAACCAAAAUUAAAAAUAAGUUAAUGUUCUGGUCAUCAUAAUAAUAAAAACAACUUUCAGAUUUAGUUGAUGUUAAAAUAAACAAAUUAAUUAAUGUAAUUAAUAAUAUUAUUAAUCAGACUGAUGACGAAAAUAAUAAUACAAGUUUCACUAUUUCAACAGGAUCAGGAUCAUGGCUAUCCUAUUUUGAAAUUGAUGGAGAUGUCUGUUGGAGAAUUGAUGAUCCCAUUUCUCCAUGGAUUGAACCUUCUUAUUUAUUACCUAGUGAUUCAGCAUUUAGAUAAGAUAAAAUACUUUUGCUAAAAGGAUAAAAUGAUGCUGCCCAAACGUAUUUAUGUAUUUAAUCUUAGUUCACGAAAUAGUAUUGAAAAGUAAGGAUUAAAGGAUUCCAAUUUAAGAAAGAAAAGAAGAUGAGUUUUUGAAUGUAUAAAAUAUAUUAUAUCAGAC